CAGACAAUAAUAUUAAAUAUUAUUAAUUAUUAAUUUUAAUAUUUUUAGACAUUUAUAUGAAAUCUAAAGUGACGAUUUUUAAAAAUAUUUCAAAUUUAACAAGUGAAUAAAAUGAGCAAUCAAAGUUCAGCGGCUAAAGUUGGUGAGAUUUUCAGUGCUGCAGGUACCGCAUUCAGUAGAUUAGGCGAACUAACAUUGACAUUGCAACCCACAAAUGAUACUCCUACACCCAACAGCAAAUGGACUGAUGACGACAUAGAAAUGUUACAAAGUGCUGUAAAGAAAUUCACAGAUGACCUAGCUAUUAUCUGCGACCAAAUCAAACAGCGAACAGUAUCACAAAUACAUACAACGCUCAAAAGAAAAUCUUAUGAGAAUCGAGCAAUCAAUCCGGCUGCAUUGACAAGAACACCAAUGUCCUUAACAUCACCAAUUACAACAAAUAUACUUAGUACAAAAUGUAACUCUGCUGAUGUGACAUUAAACAUGUUAAAUGCACCUCAAGAACAUAAUUCUGGUUCAGACGAUAUUUCUAGUGAAAAUAACCGGCAUAGCUUCAAUUGUGGUGUUGAUAUUGAAUAGUUAAGAUCAAAUUCUAAACAGAUAUACCAGACAUACCAAUAAUUACUUAAAUUAAAAAGUUGUGUUAUCAAAUUACUUGAUGGUUACUCAUUUAAUGGUCUCUUUUUUCUCCAUAUUAGAAGUAUAUUUAUAUUAGGUACUUCCUUAUUUUCUUUCUUUUAUUUGUAUUUUUUUUAUGUGUAUUUGUCAUUUUUAUUUUUAUUUAUUUCAUUGUAUUAUUAUUUAUCAUGACAAAAGAACAAAAUUAAUUACUUGAUAUAUAAUUGUUGCAUUCCUAAAUUUGCAAGGAUAUAUAUUGAUUUUUAUUUCAUUGUUCUACAAAUCAAUACAUAUUAGAAUUGAGGAUAUUGGUACUCAAUUAAGCUUAAUUUAAGUCAAAUUAUAAAAAUAAAAUGUAUAUUUAAUUUUUUUUUAAUUAAUGAAAGUGUAUUUAUAAAUUUUUCUUAAAUCUAAAUUAUUUUAAAUGUACGUAGUUAUAAAUUAUAAUAGGUAGUAAAAUUAUUGUUUCUAAUAUUAAUAGGUCUUUGUAUGUAUACUAUACAAUAAGUGAUAAAUAAAAUUUAAAACAGUAUU